CAAUCCUACCCGCCCCCCCCCCCCCCCCCCUGUUCUAACCGAGCGCUCCAUGCUCCGGCCGGAGCUUCACCUGCCGCCGGCUCCCCUCCUCAUCCGCGCCUUCGUCGCAGCCUCUCCUCCUCUCUCCCGCCUCCACUGCUUCGGGGCGCUCCGGCUAGACCGCGCGCGGCCUCCCCCGCUCAGGGGCAAACCAUCGAGCACCUUGCGCGCGUCGGCAUCCGACGCCGCCAUGGCGCGCGCGCCUGAGAUGGCGCAGCGGGAGGUGGCGCAGGCGCUCGAGGCCGAGGCGGUGGCGCGGCUGGGCCCACGGCUUCUUCCGUCCGCCGUGCCCGCCGACGUCGCCGAGUUCCGCAACGGCGCCGGGAACGCCGUCGGCUCGCUCGAUGUGCGCCGCGGUGCGCCUGGCUCGUCGAUUGAUUUCAUGCUGCAGUCCUCGCUUCACUGCAAAGUCCCAAAUGGUGCAAUCGACAUUACAUCGAUUCUCAUUUUCCUGAAUGCCUCGACAGAUGCGCCACACUUCCUCAUGGAGCUUAUACAAGGCAGCCGAACUUCAAUUGUGGUGAUCCUGGACCUGCUCCCGCGGAAAGACCUCGCACUCCACCCAGACUACCUACAGAAGUACUAUGAAAACACUCAGCUGGAUAGGCAGCGUGGAAAGAUCGACGAACUACCGCAGGCUCGUCCGUACCUAUCACCAUCACUCUUCGUGCGCAGCGCCAUUUCACCAACCGCAAUAUCGAUCAGCAUUGACUGUGGACAAGGGGGAGAGUGUAACUUGGAAGAGAUAGUGCGUGGCCAAUUGGCGACUGUUGCUAAGGAGUUUCUUCAGAUUUGGCUUGACAGCUGUGCUGAUUCCACUGCAGAAAUGGAAGAGGCGGAGAGAGAAUGCUUACUCAAGAGGGACCAAACUGUAAGAUCUAAAUCGAUCGAGGUUGAUCUGACUGCAAAUCUGCCGAGGAUGUUUGAUCCUGAUGUGUCGAGUCGGGUCAUAGCCGAAAUCCGGAAGGCUUUUGGGGUACAAGAGCCCUAGCUUGCGAUCUGUAUUAGAAACAAGUACUUGAAAUACAAUGUUCUUGGUCCGCAGUCCUUGUUUGAACGAUCAGAUGCAAAUGCAAUGAUAGAAAUUGUCUAUUAUGUCUAAUAUCAUCA